UAUCUACCCUCAAACGACGAUUUCUCACCUCUUUUCUGCAAUACCCUCUUUCUCACGACUGCCGUUCAACCGAUGAAGACAUUUUCAUCUCUAUCCAUCGUCGUUGUCUCUGUUCGUCCGUCUCUCUAUUCAUCAUCACUUUCAUCACACGAUUUCCCUAGAAUAUUCUAUUUUUCAGCUUCAAUCUCUCAGACUUGCAAUCUUUUAGCUUCAUCUAAUCUCUCACCGUCGUCCACAUGGGUUUUGCUUAGGGUUCUUUGUCUACCAGCUCGUCUCUCUACUGCUAUUAGACACUUGAAGCUUAUGAUUCGAGCCAGGUCAUGGUGGUGUACAAUCCUCUUGGAUGGAUCCGUAAUGAUGUUGUUAGAAUACCGGUACUUUAUUGUUAAAAGGUGGAACUUUGAGAAAUUUGGAGUUAUCUGUAUAACAAGGGGCAGUUGCAACUUAAAGAAGCAAUGAAGCUUUUAUUUUUGGUGAUAAUGUUAGCUUUUCUCAGUCAACC